AUGCGAUCUGAUAUUCUCUUGCUUGCCAGUCUGGCGAGCUCUGCUCUUGCCUAUCCCACAGACGUCGCUGUCGAGCGCCGCACUUUCGGCCUGCUUGCCAGCAUCCUUGGUGGUGCCACCGAGGUUGUUGAGGAUGUGGUUGGCCUCGUUGAAGGCCUUCUCGGUGGAGGUGCUCAUGCCUCUGUCGAGCUGCUCUCCGGUUUGAGUGCUCACGGAGCCGCUGCUUUGGAGGGUGGUGCUCUCGGGUGCACUGCCAGCACCAUCCACGCUGGUGCCCGUGCUGAAUUGAAGACCUGGCUGGCUGGCCAAACUGGCAUCACCGGUUCUUUGAAAUCCUCGCUGCUCUCCUGGUGCGAGGGCUCCGGCUCUGCUACUCUGGACACAGACGUUGUCGCUGCGCUGUCCGUCUACAUCCCCACCUGCGCUGAUAUUGCUGCCAAGGAGUCCAUCUACGUCACUGUCGAUGGUAUUUUCUCUUCUGCCGAACUCGAAGCCACGCUUGUUCUGAGCGCAUCGGCCCAGUUGUCUCUAUCCACUUUCAUCUCUGCUCAUGUCGGCCUUGGUGCUAACAUCCAGGCUGGUCUUGGGGUUUGCGCUGCUGGCGGUGUCGUCAGCAGCAUCGGUGUCGAUGUCAAGGCUGAUCUUCUUGCCUGGGUCCAGGCGGAUGACUGUCCUCUGAGCGCUGCUCUGCAAGCCUCCGUCCUCGCUUGGUGCCAGGGCAACCAUGGCGCUGAUCUCGUUGAGAUUGGCUCCCUUUCUGACUCCGCUCUAUCUGCUGUCUCCGUUGGUGCUUCCAUCGGUACUUUUGUUGGCGAGGGCGGUCUUCUCUCUCUUCACGCUCAGGCCACCCUCGGUGCUUUCCUUGAAACCGGUGUUGCCGCUAAGAUCGAUGCUGAUGUUCUGGUCGGCCUCCAGGCCUGCGCCGGUGGCAAACUUGCUACUUCUCUCGAUGUUGAUGUCCGCACUUCUCUCGCUGUCUGGCUGUCCGGCUCUGACUGCUCCCUUGGUGUUGAGCUGAAGGCUGUCGUCUUGCUCUGGUUGUCUGUUGCCACCACUGCUGAAGUCUCCGUCGAUAUUGUCACUGGCCUUGUUGGCGAUAUCACCGGCUUCUUGACCGAGACUAUUCUUGCCUCUUUGAGCAUCAACCUCCGUGGCGCUCUUGGUCUACUUGCCGCUGGCGAGAGCCUCGACUGUCUGUCCUGGGAUGCGCGCGCCGAGCUGGCUGCCUUCCUCGGUGGUUGCACUGGCAUUGACAUUAGCGUUAGCAUUCAACUCAUAAUUAUUGAGUGGUUCACCGGCUGCACUAUCCCUGGUGCCCCCUCUCCUUCCUCCGUGCCCAGCUUGCCCUCCUCCACUGGCGUUUCUCCCUCGGGCACCCCCGUCAUCCCCUCAAUCACUGGCAGCAUUCCCUCUGGCCCUGGUGCUUCCGGCUCUGUUCCCUCGGGUCCUGCCCCUACUGGCCCUGCCGGUUCUGGUUCCUCUCCUGGCCCCGCUCCGACCGGUCCCGCUGGCUCCGGCUCUGGACCCUCACCCUCUGGCCCUGCUGGCUCCGGCUCUGGACCCUCACCCUCUGGCCCUGCUGGCUCCGGCUCUGGACCCUCGCCCUCUGGCUCUGCUGGCUCCGGCUCCGGCCCUGCCCCGUCUGGUCCUGCUGGUGGUGCCCCUAGUGGCCCUGGCGCUGGCGCUUCAUCUACCCCCUGCGAGACUGAGACCAUCCCAGUUGUCACCUCCGUUAUCCCCGGUGGCUCUGGCUCCGGCCCUGCCCCCUCUGGUCCCGCUGGCUCUGGCUCCGGCCCUGCUCCCACUGGCCCUGCUGGCUCUGGCUCCGGCCCUGCUCCCUCUGGCCCUGCUGGCUCCGGCUCCGGCCCUGCCCCAUCUGGCUCUGGUGGCUCUCCUUCUGGCCCUGCCCCGACUGGCCCCGCUGGCGGUUCCCCGAGCGGUGCUGGUGCUGGUGCUUCGUCUACUCCUUGCGAGACUGAGACCAUUCCAGUUGUCACCUCCUCCGUUAUCCCCGGUGGCUCUGGCUCCGGCCCUGCUCCCUCCGGCCCUGCUGGCUCUGGCUCCGGACCCUCGCCCUCUGGCCCUGCUGGCUCCGGCUCCGGCCCUGCCCCGUCUGGUCCUGCUGGUGGUGCCCCUAGUGGCCCUGGCGCUGGCGCUUCAUCUACCCCCUGCGAGACUGAGACCAUCCCAGUUGUCACCUCCUCCGUUAUCCCCGGUGGCUCUGGCUCCGGCCCUGCUCCCUCUGGUCCCGCUGGCUCUGGCUCUGGACCCUCGCCCUCUGGCCCUGCUGGUGGUGCCCCUAGUGGCCCUGGUGCUGGCGCUUCAUCUACUCCCUGCGAGACUGCCCCUGCCGGCACCUCUUACCCCGGCGGUGGUUCUGGCUCUCAACCCGCCCCCGCCCCCACCAGCCCGCCUACUGCCACGGGUGGCUCUGGCUCUGGUGUCGUUACGGUCACCGUCACGGCUACCGAGACUGUCUGCGGUUGCGAGUAA